AUGAAGCUGGUCCACUUUACCCUGGUACUGGUCUGUGUCAGUUUCGGUGUCAGCAGGCUGCCUGUGACGUCAGGCUCAGUACCAAGGGACCUGGUGGAUGAGAAAUGCUUAGCUGAGAAACACACACAUCUAUCCUGCAACAAAGUUUUCUGCCAGCCUUGGCAAAAGUGCAUUGGUGGGACCUGCAUCUGCAAGCUGCCUUACCAGUGCCCGAAGAAUGGCACCGCCAUGUGUUCAACCAAUGGAAGAACCUUCUCGACUUACUGCCAGCUGAAGAGUUUUGAGUGCCUUCAUCCAGAGGCCAGGUUUCUCAGCAGUGGGCCAUGCACGGGCAAGGAAUUCAGAGUUUCUCUGCAGCACAAAGGGAGAGAUUCGGAGGGACAUGUCCAAGUCAAGCUGGUAGAGCUGGAAGAGAGUAUGUACAUUUGUCAGGAUGGAUGGAGCCUGACACAGGCCAACGUGGCCUGCCGGGACCUCGGGUACCCACUCGGUGCUGCCCAGACUCUGGACACCUCAAGCUUUCCUGCCAACUCCACCGAGUGCCUGCAUGUGUCCUGCCGAGGAAUAGAGACCAGCUUGGCCGAAUGCACUUUCACUCAGAGAAAACCCAAUGCCCAGGGUUUUGCUGGGGUGGCGUGUUACACAGAUGACACAUCUGCUCCUGCAAAGGGCUCCUUCCAGUGUGUGAAUGGCAAGCACAUCUCUCGCAGGAAGGCCUGUGACGGUGUCAAUGACUGUGGGGACCAGAGUGAUGAGCUGUGCUGCACAGGAUGCCAGGACAACAGUUUCCACUGUAAGUCAGGCAUCUGUAUUCCCAGGCAGUACAGAUGCAACGGUGAGCUGGACUGCAUCACAGGGGACGAUGAAGCUGAUUGUGAUGGUGAGGCAAGACCCUGCCAAGAAAAACCAGAUUUCUUGACACCGGAUAUGGAUGCUGAAAGACAACGGAUUAAGUCAUUUCUGCCUACCCUCUCCUGUGGCGUGAAGCAGAGCUCGCCCAGCCGAAGGAAGCGUGUGGUGGGGGGCAGCCCGGCGCAUAAGGGAGACUUUCCAUGGCAGGUGGCCAUCAGAUAUGGCGACAGCAUCACUUGCGGCGGCACUUACAUAGGUGGCUGCUGGAUCUUGACGGCCGCACACUGUGUCAAAGUCAAUAAAGCGCACCAGUACAUCGUCCUUGCAUCACUGAUAGACUGGUUAAAGCCCAACUCUGAGCUGUCUGUUCGGUACGUGAAUAAAGUGAUCAUCCACGAGAACUACAAUGGGACCACCUACCAGAAUGACAUUGCCUUGAUCGAGUUGAAGAAACCAAGCAAGCACAAGGAUUGCCAAAUGCCAGAAACUGUCCCGGCCUGUAUCCCUUGGUCUCCUUAUCUUUUUCAGCCCAACCAUAAGUGCAUCAUUUCUGGCUGGGGCCGUGAGAAAGAUAAUGAGAGAGUCUUUUCACUUAAGUGGGGCCAAGUGAACCUCAUCCACAACUGCUCCAACUUCUACCAGCGCCGCUACCAUGAGAAGGAAAUGGUGUGUGCGGGUACCCAGGACGGAUCCAUUGAUGCCUGUAAAGGGGACUCUGGUGGCCCUUUAGUCUGUCAGGAUGUCAACAAUGUGACUUACCUUUGGGGUAUUGUGAGUUGGGGUGAAAACUGUGGAAAGCCAGAGUUUCCCGGUGUCUACACCAAAGUGGCCAACUAUUUUGACUGGAUUAGCCAGCAUGUGGGCAGGUCUCUCAUUUCUCAGCAUAAUGUGUGAAAAUUGUGACCUUGUGCUUCUGCCCAGGUUACCUUGGGAGUGUUGAAGUUGGAAUGAUCUUGAAAUAUCAGUACUUUGCUAGCGGUCAAAUAAAGCGCAUUUUCUUGGC